CGUCGCUGUAUCAUCAGCUGAUGAAACCAAACGGUGUCGUUGCAAAGAAAGCCUUCUCUAUAUCUUCUGUGCCAUUCUGCCCCUUCACAAUUCCCUAGAGUCCCAUUUUAGCAUUAUAUCACUCACAGUCCUCACUCUUCUUCGCUUCAGUCUAACUCUUCACUUUCCAGAUCUAAUCCAAUCCAACAGUAUCAAUGGCGAAGGAUCCAGUUCGCGUUCUCGUCACCGGCGCCGCAGGGCAAAUUGGAUACGCCCUCGUCCCCAUGAUUGCCAGAGGAGUGAUGUUGGGACCUGAUCAGCCUGUGAUCCUUCACAUGCUUGAUAUCCCACCUGCUGCUGAGGCUCUGAAUGGAGUUAAAAUGGAAUUGGUUGAUGCUGCUUUUCCUUUGCUCAAAGGUGUUGUUGCUACAACUGACGCUGUUGAGGCAUGCACUGGUGUGAACGUUGCUGUCAUGGUUGGUGGAUUCCCAAGGAAAGAAGGAAUGGAGAGAAAAGAUGUGAUGGCUAAGAAUGUUUCUAUCUACAAGUCACAAGCCUCUGCCCUUGAACAACAUGCUGCUCCUAACUGCAAGGUUCUGGUUGUUGCCAACCCUGCCAACACCAAUGCUUUGAUCCUGAAGGAAUUUGCUCCAUCGAUCCCUGCUAAAAACAUUACUUGUUUAACCCGACUGGACCACAAUAGGGCCCUUGGUCAAAUUUCUGAGAGACUUGGUGUCCAAGUUAGCGAUGUUAAAAAUGCCAUUAUAUGGGGAAAUCACUCCUCAACCCAGUACCCUGAUGUCAACCAUGCCACUGUUAAAACACCGGCUGGAGAAAAGCCUGUCCGAGAGCUUGUUGCUGAUGAUGCAUGGUUGAAUGGAGAGUUCAUUUCCACCGUCCAACAACGUGGUGCUGCAAUCAUCAAGGCUAGGAAGCUUUCUAGUGCACUUUCUGCUGCCAGCUCUGCUUGUGAUCACAUCCGUGAUUGGGUACUUGGAACUCCUGAGGGUACUUUUGUCUCCAUGGGUGUAUAUUCAGAUGGCUCCUACAAUGUCCCAGCUGGGCUUAUUUACUCCUUCCCUGUCACAUGCAAGAAUGGAGAAUGGUCUAUUGUUCAAGGUGAGGGUGGAGACAUUUCUGUGGCCCAUUUGUGAUAGUUUUGAAAUGAAAAUUUUUUCUUUGGAUAUCCUGGCCUACAAAGAGCAGCCAUUUUAUCCACCAAAUCAGUUCUAAUCCUCUUCACACUUUUCUUUCCGCAUGAUGAGUUGAGUAUUGCAAGUUUGGUUCCUGAAAUGUGUUUCAACAUGUCUUAGACAGCUAGGUGUUUGAUAAACUUGUCCUUAAUACAAGCUUACAUGCGCGUUCUCAACUCUAAUUAUGCAUUUAUACUUCUGCAUUUGAUUUGAUUGGAUGGAAAUGCGAUAUGCCGCAAUCUGAGUCUGAACUUUCUACUUGCUAUUUCCAUUUUGAUGACCAUGUAGUGCAAGUUCAUUUACUUAUUCCCCUGCCUUACCUGCACAGUCACUAUAUAUCUAGUCUCAUCGACGUUAAAUUUACUGUACUUUUGUCCUAACGCUCGCUUUUGUGUACCAGGACUUUCUAUUGACGAGUUCUCCAGGAAGAAGUUGGACUUGACGGCUGCUGAGCUCUCUGAGGAGAAAGAUUUAGCUUACUCUUGUCUCUCUUAAACCAUUUUUUUUUUUUCCGGUUUCUGGGACUUGCCCUUGCCUGGCUAUAGAAGUAGCUUCAGAUUUUGUUUCUCUUUAAAUAACGCCAUUAAGGCAUUAAUGGUUCCGAGAGUAUAAUUGAUGGUGGAAUGCUGGUUCACCGGGUACUCGUGAUGUGUACUUUAUUCUAUAGCAAGGGGUGAUUGUGGACGACAUCCAUGAUCCAUGUGAUUUGGUUGACCUAUAAUUUUGCUCCUUUUCUUUAGCGAUCUGUGAAUUCAUUAUGCAUAAUGUCUUUUCUUUCGAUUACAUGUAAAAUCUUUUUCUUUUCAUUUAAACCAUCUUCGCCCCAAAAUGAAUGCUCCCAAAUUUGUUUACGCAAAGCUGCCUUAUUCAUUGCCCAUGUACAAAGCCAGUUUUAUCCUUUAUAUCUUAGCCCAUUUUAUCCUUGGGAAAGCCUCUCCCAGUCACCUAGGUUAGAUCCCACAAAAUAUUCUCUAAUUAUGCUAUGAUGGACCUGAUUUAUAGCCAUUUGCUAUGUUAUAAAGCCCAAAGUCGGACAGGUGUGAAAACCUUGUAAUAAAGGAUCCCUUCUUGGCCAAACAUUUUAUUCUCACAGAAUUUUUACACUGCUAUGAUAUAACUUUGGUUGUCUCUGUUGGACCAUUUGUUGGCCAGUAAUUAUCAAUAAUGCAUAUUUUUUUUUUGGGACCAUUUUUGGGAUGUACUGUAUUUUUUUUUCCCCAAAACCAGUAAUUUUCAAUCAUGCAUCUUUUUUCAUCCUGCGAUGACCCAUAAAUUGCAACUUGCAAGAUGCUGUUCUGCUCCAUUCCCCCAUUUCACAGUAGCAGAUUUGGAAAUUACAAAUGCGUAGAGACAGAGUGUAAUUAAAGAAUUUAGAGGGGGAUACAAUUACUAUUAGCAAGAGAUCUGAAUCUCCUUGGACAAAUUUAAUACUCCUUUUAUCCUGAAAAAUAGUGUUGGGACAGAGGGGAUAUCUUUUUUAUUUUUCUUAAGAUUGAUGAGAUUAGUAGUGUGGCAUCACUUCAUAAUACAGUAUCUCCUUCGUACCGAAAUUAUUGUUCAAUUUAGAUUUUUAAUUUUAGUUCAAAAUGUACUAAAAUGUAAAAAUAUAAACUGGAGACUAAUUUUGAGACAGAG